AGUUGAAUACAUAGACGAGUAUUGGAACGCGGUUGUUUACUUCCACGGCAGCUGUGGUCGCCUAACAGCACCAGGCCCUAUUGUAGGGGUUUGGAGACCCAAUCGUCUCACCCCAUGAUGGCUUUGUACGCCCAGCUUUGGAAUGUGGGCACGUAUGCCGUGAUAUGGGCACUGUUCUUACUCCAUGUGGAUGGAAACUCGUUCAUGGCCAGCCAGUUAAUGGUGAGCAUUCCAGGGGAGGUCUCAUCCUUUCCAUUAGUCACUUCGACCGUUUGUGCCAUGCGGUGCCAUCAACUCCAUGGAGUUGGCUACAUAUAUAAGGAUGGUACCUGUGACGUCUAUGGGCUGAAUCAAGUAGAUUCCAGUAGAGAUGGGCGCAUCUUCCAGAGACUUUCUCUUCCGCCUCUGGCCUCCUUGGAAGAGAUAUCUCGAGGGAAACCAGCAGAAGGCUCUCUGCAAUUCGAAGACUAUACCCCCGAAUACGCCAUUGACGAAUCGAACAUAACCAUGUAUCACAGCACUGAUGGCAUUGCCCGUGCAUGGUGGAUGGUGGAUCUCUUGCAGCACUGGAAGGUGUAUGCAGUUGAGAUCUUACCCAGAUACACUGAACUACAUACUGUUGGGAGAUUCCACAACGUAGAGAUUCGCGUUGGCACCACACCAAGAAACGGCGAAGACUUUUCCGCCUGGACUUUGCACGGGCAGUACGUAGGCCCUUACACUGUAGCACAAGGACGCCUCACAUUUAUGAAGAGUGGGGGCAGUUCUGGCAGGUACCUCGUCAUUCAGAAGGUAUCCAGCGAUACUGAUCAUCUGCAGAUAUGUGACGUCAAGGUGUAUGCAGAGCUUAUACUGUAGAUAUUCUACACUCCCCAUUGCAAGUCACAGAAAGAAUAGGAAAUUUGGAGUGAAUGAAGAUUAAAUGCGUACUCUGAUGAUCAGUGAAGCAUGAAAAUCAGUUGAAAAGGGAUUUAAUUGACAUAGGUAUCAGUUCUUGUCAGUAAUUAUUGAUAAAUGCUUAUGGGAAGUUAUCUUUACUUUCUGUUGACAUUUCAAAUUACAGCAUGCUGGGAGAUAUUCCUGCCAAUCAUUAAUCAAUAAGAGGGAGGCGCUACUUUACAGUGCACUAGACUGCACAUGUGUUGUGCGUUAUAUCAGUGAAGAAAGUAAAUACAAAAAGCCAUAUCAGUUCCCAAUGGUUGUUUGCACAUGUUGAAUAAUAAUUCAUGUUUA